AUGAAUGAAAUAACAGCUGAUAAACAUGCAAUAAUGACAUCAGUAACGGAAGCGUGUUCUACGUCGAAAGAUGAGAAAUCUGAUAUUUCGAUGACGGACGUGUGUUCUACAUCAAAGAAUGAGGAAUUUGAUGUUUCGAUGAAAUGUGUACCUGUGCGAAUCGAAUAUCUGAAUUCACAAUUUCUUGUAUUUGAUGUUAAUGUGGUGGAGCAAAUAAUGAAGGAAUGCCGCAUUAUCGCUGAAGCAUAUGGUACUUCUCCUAAUGCACGUGCUGAUCUUCGAAAAUAUGGAGCUCCAUUUAUUCUGAUGCCGGAACAAGUGGCUGUACUUAGUGAAUAUGGUUAG